UAUCUGGAUUGUCGUUAUUAUCUGGAUAUUUAAAUAGUGUAUAGUUAAUAUGAGUAUUUGUAUUUAAUUUAUUUCGAAUAUCCAGAUACUACUGGAUAUUACUUAUGCAUGUUAAAAAAGUAAGCACGUACUCAAGUGCUUGAACAGUCAUCAGGUAUUAUCAGUUUCAGUUGAUAUUCCAAUUCAGGUCAAAUCAUGUCGACCCUGAGAUAAAAGUGAGACAGAGACAUAUAAAUAAAUAAAUGAAUGAGAUGGCAGGAAGGUUCACCGACAGGCUUGCGAGAGAGAUAGGAAGAAAGGAAUGGAGAGGGUAUUCGCGCGACACGAAACUCCGUCGUUGUAUAUUGCCAUCCUCGAAGUGCGUUUUUAUCGGUCGCCACGCGUUCACGUAUACACACAGGUGUGCUAACUUAGUGACGCGUUACGAUUGUCAUGAGUUUCGUAUUUUAUUUUCGUUCAAAGCCGGUAAAUUCACGAAAAUCAGUGAAAUAGAAUAUAGAUCUAUGCGCUACAAUACGAGAGCGAAUCGGGCUGACGAGUUGAUUAAUACGUGAUCAUAACAAAAAUUGCAUUCUUUUGUUUCAUCUGGCUACAUCGGAGAAUGUUUCUCAUCACACCGAUCGACAAUAAUCGUUGGGUCUACGCAAUGCACGGAUUAGAAAAGCCUAUGGAUCAUGUGUCCGCCGGCGGUGUCAUGGCGGGCUCCGUUGCCACUCUGGCGAUCCUUUGGAUGUCUUUGCAGACGAUGGGACUUUUGGGUCAUUCUCAUUCGAUCAGCACUUAUAAGUUGCCUGAAUCUCUGCAGAAUUAUCUUGCCAGUUAUACUGUGCUUUCAGGAUUGCCAUCUAAUUAUGGUUCUGAAGCCAUUGUGGAUACUGGUCGUUUUCAAAAUCGAAGAUUUCCCAAAAUCGAUGGGACAACACUGAACAACUCGAUCGCGUUUGCGCAAAUGUUAAUCGAUCGCAUGAGCACCCUUGAAAACAAUAUCGCGAACGCCGGAGUUGAAUUCAAGACACGAAGUCCGGCCGAGAAACAAUUUUGGAAUUCUUAUCCUUCUGCGGAUGCUGUCGAGAGGAGCAUCGAUGCCAUUGUGGCAACGAAGGCAUCAUCGUAUCUCGUGCACCAAAACUGUCGAAGAUUUGGCUUAGAUAAAAACGACUGUGCUCGCUACAUAUCCACGUUAGGCUUGCGUGACACUCCGCUUGGUAAAUCUUGUGCGGCAGUGAAUAGCAUAGAAUGCGACGAGAAGUCCAAAUAUCGCAGUAUUGACGGCACUUGUAAUAAUAUUGAAAAUCCGAGCUGGGGCAGCGCGAUGACUGCGUACACCAGAGUGCUAUUCUCUCAAUACUUCGACGGCAUCCAAGAACCGAGACGUGUCGGACACUCUAAGAAACCACUACCAAGUCCAAGGCUUGUAAGCGCCACUUUAUCUACCGCGAAUAAUCAAUCGGAUGCUAGCAGAACACUGGCUGUGAUGGAAUGGAGCCAAUUCAUCGCUCAUGACAUGGCUCAUACCCCAGUUCGUAAGAUGGUUUCAACGAGAAAACCGAUCUCUUGCUGUCAGCCGGAUGGAGAUUCUUUAUCACCGCGUCACGUUCAUCCAGAUUGUGCCCCGAUCAGUGUACCAGAUCACGAUCCCGUUUACGGCGACCAUUACGUUCGAUGCAUGAAUUACGUUCGGUCGUUACCAGUCUUACGAUCGGAGUGCACUUUUGGACCUGUAGAACAGAUGAAUCAAGUAAGCCAUUUUCUGGACGGUUCUACGAUUUACGGUUCUACUCCGAAGAAAUCUCGCGAACUUCGCACUUUCGAAGAUGGACAUCUUCGCAUUGAUGUGCGAAAUAAUUACACGUACUUGCCAAGAGGAGAAACCGAAUUCACAUCGCAAUGCGGAGAGAACUGCUAUAAUUCCGGUGAUGAUCGUGUGAACGUUCAUCCUCAGUUAGCUGCAAUUCACACGGUUUGGCAUCGUGAGCAUAAUCGUGUCGCCGACAAACUUGCCAGGUUGAAUCCGGAAUGGUCGGACGAGAUUUUGUUCCAAGAGACCAGGCGCAUUGUAAUCGCUGAGAUUCAACAUAUUACGUACAAAGAGUGGUUGCCCAUUCUUCUGGGCAGAAGGUACACUCGAGUUAUCGGUCUUGUAGGAAAUAAUUAUAGUCAUAACUAUAAUUCUGAUGACGAACCGGCGGUCAGCAAUGAAGCUGCUACUGCAGCGUUACGUUUCCUGAAUUCGCUGAUGCAGGAAAAAUUAAGUAUGCCGGAUAAUUUUCGCCAACAGAAUAAAACACUACAGCUAGCGGAGCAUUUCUUUAAUCCGCGCAUAAUCGAAACGGAGGAGGUGUUUGAUGGAUUGCUUCGUGGUCUUGCUACUCAAACUAGUCAGAAGAUGGACAUUAGUCUCAUUUCAGAUAUGACAAGCAAAUUAUAUGCCAGCGAUGUAAACAAUUUAGGUUUGGAUGCCGUUAGUUUGGACAUUGCACGUGGCCGUGAUCAUGGUCUCCCUGGUUACAAUUAUUAUCGUAGAUACUGUGGACUUCCUGCUGCUAGGACUUUUGACGAUUUCCUAGACUACAUUCCUAUAGAGAUGAUGAGGAAAUUUCGCACAAUCUAUUCCCAUCCCAAUGAUGUCGAUCUUAUCGUGGGUGGUAUGGCAGAAAGACCAGCAGACGACGGCAUGAUCGGCCCGACCUUCCGCUGUCUUAUUUACGAGCAAUUCUCUAGAUCCCGACGUACUGAUAGGUUCUUUUAUGACUCAAUGACGCAACCGCAUCCCUUCACGUCUGAACAAUUGGCUCAAUUACGCAACGUCACCUUAGCACGGAUAUUCUGCGAUAAUGGCAAUAACAUCACGCAUAUGCAGCUCAAUGUAUUUCUCAAACCGCAGGCAGGAAACGAAUUGAGACGCUGCACAGAUUUUGAGGCGAUACCUAGCGUGGACCUCUUUGCUUGGGCGGAGAGGGCAAAAGCAUAUCGUUGAAGUCUCUAAUUAAUUGACUGGUCACACAACAGUUCAUUUCGCCCGUAGUGUGAGCUUCGGGAAGAAGGUUUACGACAAACGUAUAAAAUAGGCGUGUAGAAGAAGCGAUUGUAUGAGGUUACGUAAUAGUCUCAUCAGAAUUAUCACAAGUGCUGCAGCGAUGAUGUCGUGCACGCUAUGACGAAAUAAUUGAGGCAGUAAAAGGCAGAGCAACAGCGGAAAACACGUGACUAGUCGAUUAAGAAAAUACCCAGCAGCUGCAAUGAGACCGAAUGACUCAGGUGAAAAUCAACGAUUGCUAGUGAAUAAACAAAUAAAAGACCGAUUUUUGCAAAAAUCAGCAUUAGACUUCCCUUUGCGACUGAUUUCUCUUAAAGAACUGUAUUCGCGAAGCGACGAUUUGAUAAUAUAUAGUCGGAUAUAUGUGUAUAAGCGCAUCCAGUUAAUCUCAUGCGUAUGAUAGAGAUUGUGUGGGGACAUGAGAGUAUUAUUGGUGUACUUAUGUUUCUGUAGAUUGUAUUGAAUCGAAGUUGAAGUUAAAAAACUCAGCGACUGAACAAUUUGUGAUGAUUUAAAAUGUAAAAGUACAUGAUUGUUAUUUAAAUGAUAACUGUAAUAUCUUCUAAUUCUAUUGAUUCGUGGCCGAACAUGGUAACUUCUCUCAUAUGCCUGUGUUAUGGUACACACGCUGCUUGUAUACAGUCAUAUGGGAUUUACAGUUGAUUCCGAACGAAUUGGUAGAGAAGUUUCCAAGGCAAGUAUACUACUCGAUUUGCCAUUGCCUUCCAAGAGAGGCUACGAGCAUGUAUGAAAAUUGGUUCUAUCAAGGAUUGAACCCGACAUCUCUAGUAUAGCAGACCAGUGCGCUGUUUGCUUACGCCAUGCUUGCG